GGCGGCGAGCAAGGAUUCGGGGCCCGCGCAGCGCCUCUCGGGGCCGGGCCACCGCCUCUGCGCUCGGCCCCGCAGGCCGGGCAUGGGUGGGGGCGCCGGGCCGGCACGAUGAGCGCCCUGGGCAGCCCGGUCCGGGCCUACGACUUUCUGCUCAAGUUCCUGCUGGUGGGCGACAGUGACGUGGGCAAGGGCGAGAUCCUGGCGAGCCUGCAGGACGGCGCGGCCGAGUCCCCGUACGGCCACCCGGCGGGCAUCGACUACAAGACGACCACCAUCCUGCUGGACGGGCGGCGGGUGAAGCUGCAGCUCUGGGAUACUUCGGGCCAGGGAAGAUUUUGUACCAUAUUCCGCUCCUACUCCCGGGGUGCACAGAGUGUGAUCCUGGUCUAUGACAUUGCGAACCGAUGGUCUUUCGACGGCAUUGAUCGAUGGAUUAAGGAGAUCGAUGAGCAUGCCCCCGGAGUCCCCAAGAUCCUGGUGGGGAACCGCCUGCACCUGGCGUUCAAGCGGCAGGUGCCCACGGAGCAGGCCCAAGCCUACGCCGAGCGCCUGGGCGUGACCUUCUUUGAGGUCAGCCCUCUGUGCAAUUUCAACAUCACGGAGUCGUUCACGGAGCUGGCCAGGAUCGUGCUGCUGCGGCAUGGGAUGGACCGGCUCUGGCGGCCGAGCAAGGUGCUGAGCUUGCAAGACCUCUGCUGCCGAGCGGUCGUGUCCUGCACGCCGGUGCACCUGGUGGACAAGCUGCCGCUCCCCAUUGCCUUAAGAAGCCACCUCAAGUCCUUCUCGAUGGCCAAUGGCCUGAAUGCCAGGAUGAUGCACGGCCUUUCCUACUCCCUCACCACCAGCUCCACCCACAAAAGGAGCAGCCUCUGCAAAGUGAAGCUCGUCCGCCCCCCACAGAGCCCCCCCAAAAACUGCACCAGAAACAGCUGCAAAAUUUCUUAAGUAAGGCCCUGAAAGAAACACGGUGGAACCUCUUCGGGAGAAACUCGGCGUUACCCUGGCAGCUGGCGGAUGCAUCUCAGAUUCCGGGAGAAACUCGGCAAAUGCUGCUUGCGAAUGUGUGCGACGCCUUCCGUGUGAUGGAAACACACUACACCGUCGGACUUCGAAUUUCUACGUGGAUGUGCAUGAAGCUCUUGUUUUCGAUGUGUGUUUAUAAAGGGAAAAUUAGUACUCUGCUCAACUCUUGGUAACAUGAAAUUCUGAAUGUUACUUUAUUAUGAUUGCACUGCAACUUUUUCCUUAAAAUAACUGCUUUUGUAAGAACGGUGAUAUUGGAGUGAUUAGUAUAAAUUCACUGGAAUUUGAGAAGCAAUGGUAGUGGGAUAAUUUAGAGUCAUUGAUAUUAUGAGAGGGGUCUUUUUGUGAACCUCCUUUUUAAUGUGAAAGCACCAAUUUAUAAAACGCUGCAGAUGUAGAGGUUAUGUGCAACUGAUCUGUCCAGUUUGUGUAUGAAAUGGAUUUGAUAAAGUUUUUGCUAGUUAUUUACUACAUUUUGGGAUUAAUAAGUGAUUUAUAUGCAUAUUUUUCUGUAAAUCUACAGUUUUUUGUACAAGAUAUUCUACAGGUUACGAAGCUAAGGGAAGAAAAUGCCAAAGAUACCUCUAGUUAUGUUGAACACAGCCAACACAGUUUCGACAGGUCAAGGAAGAGCUGUUUCAAUAAGGAAUGAAGUGAAAACACUUAUUUAAGAAAAUGUUUCUCAACAAUAAAAUGUAUAGUUGUUUCUCU